UUAACGAUUAACGAAAUAAUACGGACUUAUAAUGGUACAAUAUGAAAUCAAUUUGACCGUUUACAAAGAGAAACAUGCCGACGUCAGUGCUGAACUUUGAUUCGGAGGGUGAAUACUCGUUCAAUUAUGCUUCAUAUGAAAGAGAGGACGUGAUUUCGCGCAUUAUGACCAGCAACAAGACAGGCAGCCAGCAGUUUAUUCUGUCAUCCAGCAGUAAUUUGCAGCCAGAGAAAAAUACCAGAGAACCUUCUAAACCAUCAAGAUGGCGUAUGCUUGUCAUCAUGUUGGCUUGCCUGUACCUCAACUACCUCACAUUUGGCAUGGCGACCUGUCUAGGUGUGGUCUAUGUUGCUCUUAUUGAAGACCUACAAUGUCUGAGAUCAGAAGCAGCGCUUGUCCAGAGCUUAUACUUGGGUCUAUCACUAGGAGGAACAAUUUUGUUUUCAAGGCCCUUGACCAAGUAUGACACAGGAUACUUUGUCAUGAUUGCAAACACAAUAUGUUGUACCGCCUUUGCAUUAUGUAUGGCUGCAAACAACGUCUGGGUUGUGAUAGUCCUGGUUGGGAUUAUUGGAGGACUCUCCGUGAGCGUUUCCUGUCUCUCUGCGGCAAUUGUUGUCAAUUGGACGUUUGGGGAAAACCGUCGGGUCGCCUUGAGCGUCCUCACGCUUGGAGCGGCUUUGGCUCAGACUACCUUACCGUUUCUGACCAACUUUCUGAUCGAUCAGUACGGAUGGAGAGGAUGUCUGCUGAUACUUGGAGGUCUCUUCCUGAACUCUGCUGUUUUUGGAUUCGUGAUACACUUGUCGAAAGACUAUUUUCAUAAACCAACACCUAACAAUAUAAGCAAGAAAAGUCCAGCAAUCUUCACUAUGAUAAAGGAUGUCGCUUUUCUUAUAUUUCUUAGUACAAUGUUCAUAUUUCCUGGUCUAGGACCAGUUGAACAAUGGUUUGUAGUGGACCUGAGCGUACUAAAAGGAUACACUUCUCAAGAAGGAACUGUUCUGCUCUCGCUUAACGGCGUAUCAGGUAUAUUUGCGCGAGUUUUCUCAGCAUUGUACAUCAAGUUUUACCCGAAAAGACGAUCAGAACAUGUGCUUUGCGUUGCUUUCUUGCUUUGGGGGUUGGCGCACUAUCUGAUUGUGACCGUACCAUAUUAUUGGGCAAUGUUUAUGGUCAUGCUACUUCGAGGGUUUGCAUCGAGUAUUGUCGUCGCGUUUAUACCUGCGCUACAAAUUGCCUUACGGGGACCAGACGAGUACCCUAUAGUUGCUGCAAUGACGUUCUUCGUCAAUGGGGUUGGGGAAAUUUUAGGUGGAUUUCUUGGAGGUUAUAGUGCAGACGUCACAGGCUCCUACAAUCUGAUAUUCUAUAUUGCAGCAGGCGCCUUUGUGUAUGAAGCAUUGAGCGUAGAACUUAUAUCGUCGAUACUAAAGAAAAGGGAUCGGAAAGAAAUCUCGCAGACUUACGAGAAGUUACCAGAUUAGUUUAUUCUUUAUGGCAGAAAUGCUGUCUAAUAUCGGUGAUACUAAAGAAAAGGGAUCGGAAAGAAAUCUCGCAGACUUACGAGAAGUUACCAGAUUAGUUUAUUCUUUAUGGCAGAAAUGCUGUCUAAUAUCGGUGAUACUAAAGAAAAGGGAUCGGAAAGAAAUCUUGCAAACUUACGAGAAGUUACCAGAUUAACUUAUUCUUAAUGGCAGUUAUGAUGUCUAAUAAAGAAAUGAAAGUUCUAUAAUGCGUUAUACUGUGUUGUUUUCGUUUUCUGGCACAACAUCAAUUAUCGUUCAAGCCUUUUGCUAUUAAU